CGUUGUUUCCUACACUGAAGAGCUAUUUGGAAAGUGAAAGUAGAAUCAUGCGCUUCUUUUGUACUGCUGGUAGAGGAACAGAGAUUUUUGCUUGUCAAGAAGUGCGCAAAGAGUUUAAUCUAUGUAGUGAUUUGGUUCCCAAAUCUGAAGGCAAGGUGUAUUUUCAAGGCAAUGUGAACCAAAUUGAAAGAAUUCUUCAAUUGAAGACUGUGGAGAGGGCAUUUGCACUGGUCUUGCAUGUGGACUCAAACAAAUACAAAGAUCUAGACAGGGCAACAUUUUUAAACAAUCUGAGGACAGAUAUCCUAAAUGAAGAUUCUUGGAAGAAUGAAGACCUCAAAAGUGUAAUAGAAUACCUGAAAUCCAGACACGGUGGCAUUUUACAAAGGGAGGGAAUUCCUGAGGGUGGAGAAGGUCCUCCUAGCAAGAAAAUCAAGCAGGAGAGGAAACUCAGCUUCAGGGUGUCUUGUAAAUGUUCUGGUGUACUGGGAAGAAAAGUCACUGCUCAGUUACUGGCAAAACAGAUUGGAAUCAAACUUAGUCAGCUGAUGAGAUGGAAUGUAAAUUUCAAGGAUCCAGACAUUGAAAUUUGCAUACAAGUGAAUGAUGUUCAUGUUAGUGUUGGUAUUCCACUGACCAGAGUUCCAUUGUCCAAAAGAGAUUAUGUGAAAUGUCAUGGGUUAAGGGGACCCGUCACAUGGAUUAUGUCAAAUUUACUGGAGAUCAAGAAUCCAAGUGUAAUUUUGGAUCCUAUGUGUGGAAAAGCCACCAUACUUCUUGAGGCAGCAAAACAAAUUGAGGGAGUGUUUUGUAUAGGUUGUGACAUCAGUGAUGAUCAAUUAAAGUCGGCUCAGGAAAAUAUUGACUUUGGGAAAGUACACGACAGACUACAGUUAAUCAAGGGUGAUUGUAGAGCAUUGCCUCUAACUAAUGAGAGUGUGGAUGGAAUAGUUUGUGAUACACCGUUUGGAAAGAAGUACAGUGUUAAAGAAUCAUCAACUGCCUUUCAUGCUUCAUUACUCCAAGAAAUGUACAGAGUCCUAAAGAGGAAUGAAACAGUGGUUCUGCUGGUCAGUGAAGAAAUGCACCACUGUAUCAAAAAUGCAGGGAAUUCAUUUCAACCUUGUGUACAUCCAGGCCAAAAUCAGAUCAUUCAGGGUCAAGAGGACUGUAUUCAGCUGAAUGAAGAUAUAGAAAACCAUUGCUUUGUUCUUGGUGACCAAUCAAAACAAUCCUUGGGCAUACAAACAGAUAAGGCAAACAUAAAUUUCUCAGACACACUUGUGAGUGAUACUAAAAAUAGCUGUGAAAAAAGUAUACUUCCCCUACCACCUCAAAUCAGAACUUACCCAUUACCUAAUGAAUUGUAUGCUCAUGCAACUGAGAAAGCUCUACAGAGUGAUACAAGCAGUUCAGAUUUAAAGGAUAGUAAAUUGACGGAUAAAUGUGAUGAGUUAACCUACUCCUUAAAGAGUAUCGGUAAUUGUGAGGAUGUAAAGUGUGAUGACCUUGAGAGAGGUGUGACAGAUUUGUCUUCUGCUCUAGAGCAAUUCAAGCAUGUCAGUGAUCACUACAUCAAAUUGGGAGAAACAAACUCAUAUAUUGUUGUACUGAAGAAACCAUAAUACAUGUAUGUCUUUUUUUGUGAAGAAAAGAGGACAAUUAA